CCCGCCCACUCCGGCUCGCGUUCACUGCCCGGUCGUCAGCAGGUCUUGUGACUCUGCAGUCUUCUGUCAACAUGGACACAGCGCUGAGAUUUACUGUCCUGCUGCUGACCCUGUCCUUUGGUGCGGGGCUGCAGCUGAACUACAUCGAUGAUUAUGAGGAAGAGCCGAAGGAGGAGGACGUUUCUGCGGAUUCAAAAUACGGCUCUCUGUGGCCUCUUCCGCAAAAAAUCCAAAUGUCUGAGAUUUCAUUCAAGUUAACGAGCUCCAGCUUCAAAAUAGUUGACGCCAAAGAGUCGUCGGCUGGUCCGAGCUGCAGCCUCCUGAAGGACGCCUACAGGAGGUACUAUGAAUACAUGUUUGGCAGCUCCAAAAGGCAGCAGCUUAACAAAAGAAGGAGAACAGGCCCCUCGGAGCUGACGGAGCUGCAGGUGCUGAUCACAUCACCUGACUCUGAUUGUGACGGGUACCCCAGUGUGACUUCUGACGAGUCAUAUGAGCUGUCAGUGGAUCAGCCGUACGCCGUCCUGAGGGCACCAAAGGUCUGGGGAGCCCUGCGUGGUCUGGAAACUUUCAGCCAGCUGGUGUUUGAAGAUGAUUACGGAGCUGUAAGUAUAGAACAAUAUAUAAUAAAAAAAAAAGAAAGGCAAGGCAAGUUUAUUUAUAUAGGACAUUUCAACAACAAGGCAAUUCAAA